AUGGAUGGGGGCGUGAAUCGUGCUUGCCGCGGAGUCACACAGACGCAGACAGGGCAUAUGACUCGCCAGUACAACCUUUGGACCGCUGAAAGUUUGGAGCAGUGCAAAGCAUUGUGCACUGGAGCCUGCAACGGCAUCGAGUACCAUGCUGAGGGCAAAUUCUGCGAGGUUUGGUACGGAGACAUCCUUUUCUCGACGGCGAAAGAUGGAUUCGACUGCUUUGUAAGAGAGGACCAGGAUAAAGAGGCCAAGCUGGCUAUGGUGAAGCCCCAGGAUGCCAGCUGCCUUCGAGCUGCGCCUCAGGGGUGCGGAGCGCUCAAGGACCGCUACACCUGCCUCAGCAGCAAAGACGGCAGCGAGACCGACCACGUCUUCGGUUUGCAGGUUCAGAAUGAGCCAUGUGUUUGGUGUGGCGGAGGGCUUUGCCGCACGGGAAGCUUGAACAUGUGCGAGCCUUUCGACUUCCUGCUGCGUGGGCAGGGCAAGGAGCACGGCUUCGACAGCUUUACAGCUCAAGGAACCUUCGAGACACCGUCCUGCAAGGAUGGCAAGGCCACGGUCUUUGAGCAGGAUGACAACUGGUGGAAGGCUGAACGGCCCACUGAGGCCCAACUUGCCAAGCUCUCUCCAGUUGCUGCUGGCUGCGCGUCCCUUCAGGACAUGGCAACAUGUUUGAGCAGCAAAGACAACAGCCAGAACGCCACAUGGGGCUAUACUCCGUACAAGGUUCAUGGUGAAGCUUGCGUGUGGUGCGGGGGCGUGCCUUGCACUGAUGCGGGCGUGUCGCUCUGCAUGCCCUUCGACCUCCUGAUGAAUGGACAGGGCCCGCACCACAACGUUUUCUAUGCGAAGCACUCCUUCAAGGUGGCAGCAAUCAAGGAUUCCCAAAUGAAAGCAUCUACGGCGUUGGACUAUGGUUGCCUCUCAAAGGCAAACGAGGGUUGCUCCUCGCUGACAGAUGCGUUCACCUGCUUGGCAAGUGCCGACGGCCGCCCCAACGCGACUAUCUUUGGCCGCCAGGUGGCAGGGCAGCCGUGUGUUUGGUGCAAGGGCGGGCUUUGCAACAGCGAAGGCGCCACAUGCGAAGCUUACGACUUGCAGAUGAAUGGUGAGGGCUAUGCCUUUGCGACAAGUUACGUCAAGGAACCCAUGGUGGCGCAGUGCGAGGGCGGAGUGGUGAAAGCCCACGCUGGCGUCGUUUCCACGGCGGUCGAUCUUCCUGAACCAAACGCGGCAAGCAUGGGCUGCCUGACGAAGCAGGAGCGAGGAUGCAUGGCGAUCAAGGACAAGCUCACCUGCUUGAGCAGCAUCGAUGGCUCUGCUGACGCGUCUUUUGGUGGUUUUGGCAUCAGUGGCCAGCCUUGCGUGUGGUGCGAUGGACUGCCCUGCACAAAUGGUGGCGAAUUCACUUGCGCCCCUCGUGACUACCUGGUCAGGGGUGCUGGCAAGGUCUUCCCUCACGUCACUGCGUUGAGCACUACGAUGGCCAAGUGUCAUGAGACCGACGCGACCUUUGCCGAGACCGAGCUGAGCUGCCUCAGGAGCGCAAGCACCGGCUGCAACGCGAUCACGGCAAUGAGCGAUUGUGUCUCCAGCCGGGAGGGACGCCCUUAUGAAUGGGUUGCCGGUUUCAAGGUCAAGGGUCAGCCUUGUGUGUGGUGUGGCGGCGGGGCGUGCAAUGACGGGUCCAGCAAUUUGUGCGAGCCGUACGACUUUGCUCUGAACGGCGUAGGACAUGCAUUCAACACAAAGUACAGUCUGGGCUUGUACCAGAGAGCCUAUUGCAAGGACAACAAGCCUGCACCUUUGGCGUUGCCGAGUGACAUCCAGAUUCACGGUAUGGAUUUGCAUGUUGACUGCGGCCAUCCAAACCCCAUCUGGAAAAGGGUGGGCAAGACCUGCGGCUUUUGCAAGGUCCAGGUUCCGAGCAUCAAGGCAAGCUUCGGGACUUGCGCUGAAUACUGCACCGGUCAAGGCGGCCUCAAGUGCAAGUCUGCGGCAAUGACAAGCCUCGAGUCUUGCGUGGAGUCUGCAGCGAAAUCCUGCGACUACCAGUAUGGGGCCUAUGAGCACGCUGUGUGCGAAUGCGAGCCAUCGAUGAAUUUUAAGGCUGGCAAUGCCAACUUUGCAUCCACGGUGGAGGCCCCCGCAGCAGCAGACCUGCAGUGCCUGAACAGCGCUGUGAAGGGAUGCGGAGCCAUCACCGACAAGCUGAUGUGCCUCAGUAGCAAAGACGGCAGCAACACCACGGAGUUCCAUGGUUUGAAAAUCAGCGGCGAGCCCUGCGUUUGGUGUGGUGGAGUGGCAUGCACCUCCCAUGACCCCUACGCGAUGUGCGCACCGCGUGACUUCCUCGUGAACGGGCAAGGUCUUGCAUUUGCCACCCGUCAUGUGGUCUCUUCGGCCUUGGAUGUGGCCUCAUGCAAGGCAGCGGAGCGCGUGUUCGGCAACGUCGACUGCUUGACAAAGCAAACAAACGGCUGCAAUUCCAUCAAGGACAAAGCAACCUGCCUCUCGAGCCUGGAUGGACGCCCCUACACCCAUGUUGCUGGCCUGAAGGUGGAAGGUCAGCCAUGCGUGUGGUGUGGAGGAGUGCCAUGCCACAGCAACAAUGCCAAUCUUUGCGAGCCCUACGAAUUUGCGCUCAAUGGAGAAGGGCAUGCCUACGAAAUCAGUCACGCAACCGACCUGUAUUUCGCGGCAGCCUGCGAGGCGGGCAAGCCUGUGGAGCAUUCUGUCUCGAGCUCUAUGGCAAGAAAAGGCAUUGAGGAGGCAGUGGACUGCGGCAUUCCGAACCCGGUUUGGAAGGGCGUUGGCAAGAAGUGCGGCUUCUGCCAGGCUCAGGUGGCAGAGAAGGCAGCCGAAUCUUACCGCACAUGCGAACAGUUCUGCCAAUCGCAAGGUGGGCUUGCUUGCGAGAAAGCCUUCAAGGGCUACUUCAACAGCUGUGACCUUGGGUCGGAGAUGAGCUGCUCUGCAGUGUUUGAGGAAAAGAGCAUGCCCAUCUGCCAGUGCCAGGCGCCAUCUGUCAAGGAGUCUCAGGUCAAUCUGGAUUUUGCCAUGACUUUGCCGCGUCCGAGUGAGGAUGCAGUCCAGUGCUUGAACGUUUAUGAAGGUGGCUGCGGAGCCAUCAAGGACAAGCUGACAUGCCUGAGCUCCAAAGAUGGUGGCUCCAAAGUGGACUACCGUGGCUUGAAGAUUCAAGGUGAGGCUUGCGUGUGGUGCGGUGGAAGGCCCUGCACCGACGAUGACUCUGGAGCUCUUUGCACCGCCUACGACUAUUUGUCCAACGGGCAGGGCUUGGCUUUUGGAUCCAGAGAGGCAGUGGCAUCCAUGGACGUUGCCAAUUGCAAGGCACCCUCCCGCACUUUUGGCAAUGUGGGCUGCCUGACUCGAGUGCAAGAUGGAUGCAACUCUAUCAAGGACCGAGACACUUGCCUUGCAAGCCUCGAUGGUCGCCCGUACACGCAGAUCGCUGGGUUGAAGGUGGAAGGCCAGCCUUGUGUGUGGUGCGGUGGAGGGCCGUGCAAUUCUAACAAUGGCAACCUCUGCGAACCCUACGAGUAUGCUCUCCAUGGAGCAGGACGUGCCUACGAGCUGAACCAUGCCGCCAAUUCCUACUUCACUGCCGCUUGCGAGGCUGGAAAGCCUGUCAACCACGCUGUUCCAAGUGCCCUUGCAGAUGCUGGACUCUCGCUUCCUGUGGAUUGCGGAAUGCCAUUUCCAAGCUGGGACAAAGUCAGCAAAGCCUGCGGCUUUUGCAAGGUUCAGGUGGCCCCACAGGCCGCUUCGUCAUUCAAGACCUGCGAUGCCUACUGCAAGGGACAAGGCGGUCUUACCUGCAAAAGUGCCUGGUCCGGCCAUUUGCACAGCUGCGAUGUGGGGACCGCGAUGACUUGCUCUGCGGAGUUUCAGGAAGGAGAUUCCCCGGUCUGCGAGUGCAACAGCCCGCUGACCAUCAAGGUGUCAGCUCCCUUUGGUGUGGACCGCCCGAGGGAGGAUGACCUGAAAUGCCUGUACACUGCUGCGUCUGGGUGCGGUGCGCUCACGGACAAGCUCAGCUGCUUGAGCAAUGUUGAUGGCCUGGGGAGCUCGGAAGCUGAUGAGAAGGGCCUGAAUGUCAAGGGCGAGCCUUGCGUGUGGUGUGGCGGAGGGCCCUGCACAGACCACAGCACAGCCAAAUGUGCGGCUUAUGACUGGCUGGCGCGUGGAAUGAACAUGGCAUUCACCACGCGGGUUCCAUGGAGCUCGGCAACCGCCGCGCAGUGCAAGGCACCUGCGAGGGAGUUCGGCAACGUUGACUGUUUGACACGAACGACACAGGGAUGCAGUGUAAUCAAGGACAAGACCCAAUGCCUUUCCAGCAUUGACGGCCGCCCUUACACACAAAUUGCAGGCCUCAAGGUCGAGGGCCAGCCAUGCGUGUGGUGUGGAGGGGUGCCUUGCAGCGAGCAUGGAAAUCUUUGCGAGCCUCACGCGUUUGCAGUUGUUGGACAAGGUCAUGCAUUCAACGUGGCCUCUGCCGAGUACUUCACAGCUGCCUGUGAGGGGGGCAAGCCAGUGGAGCACGAGAUGUCCAGCUCCAUGGCCAACUACGGCGCCGAGGUUUCUGUGGAUUGCGGUAUUCCCUAUCCUAUUUGGUACAAAGUGGGCAAGACAUGCGGAUUUUGCAAAGUCCAGGUUGCUCGAUCUGCAGCCCCGACAUACAAGACCUGCGAAGGAUACUGCAAAGCGCAAGGCAACCUUGCGUGCAAGAAAGCUUGGCUGGGCCAUGCGCACAGCUGUGACGUCCGGUCAGAGAUGGGCUGCGCUGACGAGUUUGCCGCUGACAGCUCCCCGGUCUGCGAAUGCUUGCCAGCGAAGGUGCAGGCUAGCUUUGCAGCGGUCAAGCGCCCAUCCGAGGAGAACAUGAAGUGCCUGAAGUCCGAGGCAAAGGGCUGCUUUGCCAUCUCCGACAGGAUCAACUGCCUUAGCAGCAAGGAUGGCAGCGCCACCGCCGAGGGCAAGGGCGGAUUCAAGAUUGCUGGCGAGCCCUGUGUGUGGUGCGGAGAUGGGCUUUGCACAAGCGACUCAGAUGCCAAGUGUGCUCCGUACGACUGGAUGAUGAAUGGUCAGGGAGUUGCAUUCACCACUGCUCAUGCUAUCGGAACCCAUGACGUCGCAUCCUGCAAGGACGAUCCUGAUGCAGUCUUUUCCAACCUGCAAUGCCUGGAGUCAGCGGCAACCGGCUGCAACAGCCUCCAGGAGGAAGAAGCGUGCCUGAAGAGCAAGGAUGGACGACCUUAUGAGUACAUUGCCGGCUUCAAGGCUCGUGGUCAGCCUUGUGUAUGGUGCGGUGGUGGGAAAUGCCACAGUGGCAACGACAACAAAUGCGAGCCCUAUGACUUUGCAAUCAACGGCGAAGGUCACGCUUUCGAGAGCUUCCAUGCUCAGGGCAUCUUCAAGAUGGCUGCCUGCGAGAAUGGUCAAGUGACGGCGAACUACCUGAACAGCGGCUUUUCAACGCACGGCACAUCUCUUCAGGUGGAGUGUGGAACUGGCCCAGCACCCGUGUGGACUAAGAUCAGUCGCACUUGCGGUGAGUGCACAGUGAACGUGCCGAGCAUUCAGGAAUUUUAUUACACAUGCAAUUCCUACUGCAAGUACCAGCCUGGUUCGCCAAAGUGCAUGAGUGCAUCCGUUGCACAUCAUGCAAGCUCAUGUGACAUCAAGAUGGGAGCGUCGUGUGACUACAAGUUUAAGCAGGAUGAGGAUGCCAUUUGCGAAUGUGACAAGGUUUUGAUGCCGCACGAGAAGGUCCAGGCAUUGUAUGCCCAGUGCGGAGGAAAGGAGUGGAGGGGCUUCACCGCGUGCGAGGCUGGCGCUCUUUGCAACAUUGUGGACGAGUGGUAUUCGCAGUGUGUGCCAGUGCUGGCUGCCAAGCCAGGAGUGCGUGCGGAGGUUGGCGAGUCCGCGGCUGGAGAGGCAGACCUCGGGGCUGGGCCGAUGCUCGGUGCUGAGCCAGCCGCCCCCGGUGCGCCCGGUGCGCCCGGUGCGCCCGGUGCGCCCGGUGCGCCCAGUGCCACUGUGGUGGCUGCGCCCGUCAUCACAGUGGCGGCCACCCGUUCUGCGCCCGCGCCGGCCGUCGGUGCCACAGCCGGCGUUGCUGGCGUUGCUGGCGCUGCUGCGCCUGUCAGUGCAGCAUGCUCUGCUCACCCAAAGUGCGCCGACCUGAAGCUCUCCGGCAACUGCUGCCCCAAUGACGACGCCGUCAGCCUGGGCUGCUGCAGCAAUUUCAAUCCGGCCGUCGUGGACACGGUGUCGCCCGAGCCUAUGCCAGCGCAGACUGUUGCCCCGCUGGACAUCGCUACACCAGCACCGAUUUCCCCACCAGCCCCGAUUGUUGAGAAGCCUUACUGGAAGAUUCCCCGGCCAACAGAGGCCGAGCUGCAGUGCAUGAAGCCCGAGCCGAAGGGCUGUGGCUCCAUCAGGGACAAGCUGACAUGCCUCAGCCGAGUGGAUGGCCGCACCGGAUACAAAGUGCACGGCCUCAACGUCGGGGGCGAGCCCUGCGUGUGGUGUGGAGAUGGUGGAGCGUCCUGCACCUCUUACAGUAAUGCAGUUUGCGAACCUUACGACUGGCUCAUGCACGGUCAGGGCAAGGCCUACUUCACCAUUCAUGCACGCCACAACUUGAAGGUUGCCAGGUGCCGCGAUGAUAAGAACGCGGUCUUCAGCAACCUGGGCUGCCUGAAACCUGCAGACAUGGGCUGCAACCACAUUAGGGACAGACAUCAGUGCUUGUCCAGCAAGGAUGAUCGUCCUUAUGACCAAGUGGCAGGCUUCAAGGCGAAGGGUCAGCCUUGCGUGUGGUGCGCUGGCAGGACCUGUCAUUCCAACAACAACAAUAUGUGCGAACCGUAUGACUUCGUCAUGAAUGGAGCAGGACAAGCCUUCACUCACAACUUCGACCGAAACACGUACUUGGUGCCAGAGUGCGAGGGUGACAAGAUCCUUCACAAGCCGUAUGGCAGUGCCGUCUAUGACAAGGGCAUCCCCAAGCAGGUGAAGUGUGCGGGCGCUUCGGACACCUGGCAGGCUGUUGGAAAAGUUUGCGGCGGAUGUGACGUCACUGUGCCGAAUAUCAACACGAGCUAUGUCACGUGCGACAAGUACUGCGCAGCUCAGCAAGGCGGACUGAAGUGCAUCGCAGCCUGGAAAGCUUUCACUCACAGCUGUGAAGUGCAAAGUACCGACUAUCUUCUGACCUGCCACGAUCACUACGCAGAGGGCGAAUUCGCCCGCUGCAGAUGCAGUGGGAAUGAGAAGGCGUCUGCGGAGGCAGUGAAGGAAGCUGCUGCAAUGCCAAUUUUGCCGUAUGCGCAAUGCGGCGGACAGCAGUGGAAGGGAGCCGGCAACUGCCAGGUUGGAAGCAAGUGCUUGGUCAUCAACGAGUGGUACAGCCAGUGCCUGCCAGGAGUGCUUUCCAAUCCAACCCAAGCGGCACAGGCUGCAAAGAGCGCGGCAGAGGCUGCUGGCAAGGAAAUUGGAGAUCAGGCCAGCUAUGCUGGGCAGGCGGCUUCCGAGGCCGCGAAGGUGGCAGGUCUUCCCCCAGCCAGCCAGGCCACCCAAGCCUAUGUGUACUCGGCGGGCACCCUUCACCAAGAAGGAGUCGAGAAGCCAGAGGCCAACGCGGUGGGCGUGGAGGCUGUCAAGCAGGCCCUUGCCGAUGCUGGCAUGGACAACGACCAGGCAUCGCAGAUGGCAGAUCAGGCUAUUGCGGAGGGCCAGGUCAUCGUGUUUGGUGAAGAGCAGAACCCAUACUCGGCACCUACAAUCGCUGGAGAUGCUGCCGCAAAUCAGGCUAAGGAUGCUGGUCUGUCAGCAGAGGAGCAGUGCAAGAAAGCCUACGCAGCUGCCUACAACACGGCCAAGGCCAGCGGCCUCACCCCCGAGAAGAUGGCCGAGGUGGCCGGCAACAUCGCGUCUGCUGCCGCAGCCAGGGCAGGGAUGAAGCAGCAGCAGCAGGUGGACUGCGCAGUGAAGGCCGCAGAGGAUGUCUCCAAGGCCAAUGGCGGCUUUCCAGAUGAUGUUGCUGCCGAGAUGGACUCGGCCGGGCAGUCUGCAGCGCAUACCGCGCUGGUCCCGACUGUCGAGGUCGACACUGUCGUGUCAGACAGCAUGAAGGAAGUCGAGGAGGGAGCUGCAAACAAGCUCAAGAUUCCACAGGCACUCAUGGACCAGUGCCUGGCACAGCAGGGAGCAAAGGCGGCUGCAGAGGUGGCGACUCGCCUGGGCAAAGAAUAUGGGCUCUCGGCUGCUGACACGGCCGAAGCUGCCAGGAGAUGCGCUUAUGAAGCCGCUAUUGCUGCUGGGAAGACUCCCAUCGAGGCAGCAGCGGCAGCAGAAGCAACUACCAACACUGCUGCAGAAGCUGUGAUGGCCCCAACAGAUGGAUCUGCCAUCAAGCCUGAUGCUUUGCAGAACAUCGGUAAAGACUGCUGGGAGGUUUGUGGCAAGGAGUCUGGGCUGUGUGCCUUCUGCGGCCUUGGCAACGCUUGCUGCCGCAGGGACGAGAUCAACGCUCCAAAGGUUUGCCAAGAUGCCACGUUCACCACCUGGCACCAUCAAUGCGUUCAACCAGUCCACAAGCCAAGUGAUGUUGAUGACGUCGGCAUGGCUGUGCACAGCGCGGAAUCCUAUGCUUCCGCCACGGAGAAGGCAGAGGGUGCAGCGCAGGAGGCCAAGGACAGCGGCAAGACCACCGAGGAGCAGGCCGAGGCGGCCGCCAACGCUGCAGCUGAGUCCAUGAAGGACUCCGGCGCUGCGGUCAAGGACGAGAUCACGGCGGCGUACAAAUCGGCGGAGGAGGCCGCCAUCAACGCCGGGAUGGACGCGACUGCGGCAAAGAAGGAAGCUGAGAAAUUCGCCGAGCAGCUGGCCGAGAAGGAAGGUAUGUCUGCUUCCGAGGCCUCAGCAAUUGCGAUUGCCAUUGGUGGCGGUGUGAAUGUGGUUGUCAACCCAACUGCCCCAGUGGCAGGAGCAGUUCCCACGGUCGCGCCGCUGGCCGCUGCCACACUGGCCCCAGUGGACCUUCCCACGGUCGCGCCGCUAGCCCCUGCCACACGUAUGGCCCCAGUGGAGGUUCCCACGGUCGCGCCGCUGGCCCCUGCCACACGUAUGGCCCCAGUGGAGGUUCCCACGGUCGCGCCAUUAACCGAAGAGAUCAAUGCGGCGUACAAGUCGGCGGAGGAGGCUGCCAUCAACGCCGGGAUGGACGAAGCUGCGGCAAAGAAGGAAGCUGAGGCAGCCGCCGAGGCAGUGGCCGAGAAGGAAGGUAUGUCUCCUGCCGAGGCCGCAGCAGCAGCAGUUGCUGCUGGCACCGUGGUUGUCAAUCAGCCAGCGGGCGGUCCCACAGUUGCGCCAAUAUCGCCUGAUGCUCUGCAGAACGUCGGUAAAGACUGCUGGGAGGUUUGUGGCAAGGCGUCUGGGCUGUGUGCCUUCUGCGGUCUUGGCAACGCUUGCUGCCGCAGGGACGAGAUCAACGCUCCAAAGGUUUGCCAAGAUGCCACGUACACCACCUGGCACCAUCAAUGCGUUCAACCAGUCCACAAGCCAAGUGAGAAUGACGCGGCUGCCACAGAGAAGGGAGAGGAUGCAGCGAAGGAGGCCAAGGACAGUGGCAAGACUGCUGAGGAGCAAGCCGAGGCGGCCGCAAACGCUGCAGCGGAGUCCAUGAAGGAGUCUGGCGCCACUGUCAACGACGAGAUCAAUGCGGCGUACAAGUCGGCGGAGGAGGCUGCCAUCAACGCCGGGAUGGACGAAGCUGCGGCAAAGAAGGAAGCUGAGGCAGCCGCUGAGGCAGUGGCCGAGAAGGAAGGUAUGUCUCCUGCCGAGGCCGCAGCAGCAGCAGUUGCUGCUGGCACCGUGGUUGUCAACCAGCCCACACUGGCCCCGGGCGUUCCCACAGUCGCGCCGGUGGCCGCUGCCACACUGGCCCCAGCGGACGUUCCGACUAUCGCGCCACUGGCCACUGUUCCACCAGUUGGAGUGGCCACUGUUGCUCCGACAGAGGUUGAUAGCAUUGCUGCCAAGGAGCAGACCGGCAUGGACGAGGUGGCCUCGAUUGCGACUCCGAGUCCAACGGAUGAUUCAGGAUUGCCAAAUCCGAUCCCGCACUCAAUCCAGGUUGGAAUCGGUGCUGCAGAAUUGAAGAAGAAAGACAAUAAAGACUUGCAUACCCAGGCACUGAAUGCUGCUGGCACAACGGGCUCUUAUGCCGUUGAUGAGGGCAAGACCCAGGAAGACGCAGAGACCCUUGCUGAGCAGGCUGCAACGUAUAUCUACCGACAGGGUGGACUCUCUUUGGAAGAGGCACAAAGCAUGGCUAAGAAGGCUGUCCAGGAAGCCAAAGAACAACAGGGAGGACAGUUCGUUAAGCGCGGCUUGCUGCAGAAGCACGGCUUUUCUGAUUGCUGGGAACCUUGCGGAUCAAAAGCUGGCUACUGUCCGGAUUACUGUGGCCGCGGCAAUGCUUGCUGCCGGAAGACUGGCGAUAUCGUCGUUCCAGAUGAAUGCAAGGAUAUCUACAGCUUCUACACGCCGCAUUACGAGUGCGUUGCCCCCACAGUAGUUUACAACCCUUACGAUGAAUCCACCGCAAUCAAGGCAAAGGCACAGGCCACUGAUGAGACUGCUGCCAUUGCCGCCGAUACCGUUGCAGAGGGUGCCGAGACCACAACUGAGGAGCCACACAGCGGCUUCACGGCUGGCCAGUGGGCGAUUGUGAUUGCUGCCAUUCUGGCGAUCUGCUGUGCCGGAGUGGCAGGUUGGCACCUUGGAGAGGCCCGGCAGGACAGCAAGAGGACUGUAGCCACAAAGACGGCGCGCUAUGCGGAGGUGUCCGCAGCUUCACCCCAGGGUGGUGCUGAUCUGGAGCUUCAGGCGCCCAUGUUGGCAGCUUCCGGUGCUGCCGGUGCUGCCUUGGGAAGCGCUCGUAUGGCGGCACCUGUGGGCUCUAUGGGCUCCGUCAUGCAGUAUCCCAACCUUCCCUAUCCAUCCCAAGGGUGGAAGCAUGGCAGCGGCGCCCAUGGCCUCCAUGUCUGCGAACCCUGCCAUGAUGAUGGCCGGUGCCCCUGUCGCUUCCAUGUCGGCUGGUGCGCCCAUUGCUUCUAUGCCGGCCGGUGCCCCCGUCGCUUCCAUGUCGGCUGGUGCGCCCAUUGCUUCUAUGCCGGCCGGUGCCUUCGUCGCUUCCAUGUCGGCUGGUGCGCCCAUUGCUUCUAUGCCGGCCGGUGCCCCCAUCGGCUCUAUGGCGGCUGGUGCGCCCAUUGCUUCUAUGCCGGCUGGUGCCCCCAUCGGUUCUAUGGCGGCUGGUGGUGCUCCAAUGUCAGGAGCCUAUGUCAUGACUGGCGCUUCUAUGCCAGCUGGUGCUGCAAUGCCCGCUGCCUCUGUCAUGACUGGCGCUGCUAUGCCAGCCAGUGCAACCGCAGGCAUUGCGGGCGCUCUGUAUGCAGGAGGUUUCAUGGACCAGUUUGA